UGUAUAAAUUUUCGACCAAGAUUACUUGCAAAUUUUCACGAUUUUGACUUAUUUCGUAUAUGUGAUGGUGCAGGAGCUGUCAUAUUAGCUAGUGAAGAAGCAUUGAAAAAAUAUUCUCUGACUCUACUGGCAAGAUUAGUUGGUUACUCAGUCGUAGGUGUUGAUCCAAGCAUAAUGGGUAUUGGUCCAGCUCCGUCAAUUUCAAAAUUAUUGAGCAUCACUGGAAAAACCCUUAAUGAUAUUGAUUUAGUUGAGAUUAAUGAAGCAUUUGGAGCUCAAACUCUUGCUUGCCAAAAAGAAUUAAAACUUGACAUUGAAAAACUUAAUGUUAAUGGUGGUGCUAUUGCAAUUGGGCAUCCAUUGGCAGCAUCAGGAACCAGAAUUACUAGUCAUCUUGUCCAUGAAAUCAGGUAA